AUGAGCUGUGGGAAAGAUUUUGUGGAAACUCUUAAGAGAAUUGGAUAUCCAGAAGCUGAUUCACUUAAUGGAGGAGAUUUUGAUUGGCUUUUUGAGUCUUUGGAAGACAGAGCCUUUGUGGAGUGGUUUUGUGGCAGUGUAAAUGAGCAGUGUGUGGUCUCUGAAAAAGAACUGCAAGAUUGUGAUAACCUUUUGAAGUCUGGGAAGCCCAUUUUGGAAGGAAAUGCACUGGACGAAGUCCUUAAAACCUUGAAUCCUCUGGAUUCAAAGAACAGGAGGCAGGAGGAGAAAGAUGAGGAAAUGAAGGAAUUGGAAGAUGAGCUUCAAACACUUCAGAAGUUAAAAAACCUUCAAAUUUAUCGGCAUAAUAAGCUUCAAGUUAUGAGUUCUGCAAACAACCAUUUGUUACAAACAUUAAAAAGCCAAGAGGAAGAAGCACACAAAGAUUUGAAAGGAGGACUGAAUGUGUUUACUGUAGCAAAUAAGAAGCUUAAUAGGGAACUGCUGUCGCUCAAGGAAGCAGCUAAGAAAUUUGUCUCUUUCUUCACUGCUCCAGAUGCAGAGCAAAGGGCAGGUGUGCAUCCAGUAUUUUUUUCCCAACUUUCUUUGGAUGAGUAUUUGGCUGAGGAAGAGCAAAGCACUGCAGCAGUCACCUCUUAUGUAAAAAGCCAUUUUUGUCAAUGUGUUUCUGAAUGGCUUGAAAAUUCCCCCGAAGGCAGCUGUCAGCUUGCAGAUCUAGGCAACCAAGUCACUUGUCAUGAGACCGAUGAAGUUGGUGAAGAGAGGCAAGAGAUAGCCAGGCUCCAGAUAGCGCAUAUCUGUGCUCAACAUCAGCUCAUCCAGAUGCAAGUGAAAGAGGAGAGCAGGAAGUCAGCUACCAAAUGUGCGGAGGACAUGCUGCAGUCCUUAAACAAGGAUCCUAGGAACCAGGAAAACCUGGAUGCCAAAAUACAGAGUCUAAAUGAUCAAAUCUCCACAAUUAAGGAAGACAUCACUCGGAUAAACAAUGAGGAGCUGCUUCCCCUUCUGAAAGAGAAGGCCCAGCUUUUUUGUACACCAGUAGUGAAAGCAUGCUUGGAUCAUCAGAUUGCUCAGCAGGAAAGUUGUGCUUCAAGACAGGAUGCAGUGUGCAGGCAUUUGAUCAGACAGAUAGCAUCGUUUGAACUUCUUGAGCUAGCCUAUGAAAUAGAGAUGAGGAAACUUAAGAAGAUCUACUCUCACCUGGAGGGUUUGGUGGAGUCUCUGAAACAAAGCAGCGAUGAGUUGGAGCAGAGACUGCAGGUGAUGACUGAAAGAGCUCAGCAGGCAAAGCCAAGGAGCACCAUCAGUUCAGAGGAUGGGUUUCCUUGCAGGCUGUAUAAGGCUCUGGAAGGAGACGAUGAAAAGCCCCAGUUGUUUAGAGCAUAUGAAAACCUGGAGCAGAUGGCUCGGAAGUUAAAGCAGGACUGUGAUGCUGCCCAAGAUCAGCUAGAAGCAUCUUCUCGGGAGCAGGCUCUCCAGUUGUCCAAGCUAGAAGGUGAUGUGGAUGCCCUUUGGGAUGCUAUGUAUCAUGGAGGGAAUCAGCUACAGCUCAGAAGUCCGGAACUUACUGAGCUGUUUCAUCACCUGCAAGCUGAUUUAAGUAAACUAAAUGAACUCCUUACGGAUCUGAUUGCUGAUGUGAAAUCCAAAAGAGACUUUCUGGAGUCCAGCAAGCUCCAUCAGAUGGAAAGAGACUUGUAUUUGUAUUUUUUCAAAGAUGAAGAGCACUUGAAAGAGAUGGUGGAGCAGCUUGAGCAGAAGUCUCGGGUGAAAACCAGUGGUCUGGAAGAUCAGAACCUCACAGCCAGUGGUGUUCUUAAUGAUUAAACUUCCCUGUACUCUUAAAGGAAAACAGAUGGAUGUGAACUGUCUAUGAGUUUAUGGAGUGACCAGUGUUGGCUUACCAAGGCUAACAUUUGUCUGUCAUUGCAAUGCAUGUUGAACUGGCAGUUACCAGCCUUGGUUUGUGUGCUGCUUUACGGUUCUUGGCAUCUGCCUGCUGAUUCCAAAUCUCAGUUUUGUCAGUUCUUUGCUCUGAAGUAAUCCAUUAGUUUUUGGAAUGAAUUGCAUUCAGGCUGCUCUCUGCCAGCCUGUGUGUUGAUUCCCACUGCACAGCGCAUAGUGCAAAAAGGAACAUUUCACACCCUUGGGAUAAGUUUUCUUGCAUGCUAAGAACCUUUGCUAUGUGAACUGGAAAAUAAAGCAGAGAAGGCAUUCCAGAUUUUGGAACAUGAGGGCAUGUGCUCAUUCUGAAGAGGGGAGUUUUACAAGACAGAUAUUCUUUGAUUGUUUCCUUUCCAGUUCUCUUAAGAAGACUUGGCUUUGUUAGAAAUGUGUUGGAAUCUGUACCAGAAUCUGUUUCAAGAACCAAGACCAUCUGGUUUAAGACCAUUCUGAUAUCUCUUAAUGUAACUUGGGGCCUACCUUCUCCAUUGAAACCAUCCUCAGGCUGGUCUC